CCUCCGUCAGUCUUGACCUGUUGGUUGUGGUGAUGAGAAGGCUGCAUUCGAACCUCCGCCGCGACACUGGAAGGUUCGUUUCGUCAGCCCUUCCCCUGAGUGUUGUUUUUAUGUUAUGUUGACGGAAUGGGAUUUCCGUAUAUUUUCCUGUGAUUCCGAUUCGAUGGGAGUAAAGUGCUUUUACUCGUAGCGCACUGUCAAAUACCGUUUGUUUUCUUUUUACGUGUUUUUCUUCCUCUUGUGUUGUUUUGAGGAAAGUGGAGGAGAGAGAGCUCCUCUCUUGAUAUCGGGUGUUGUGUUCAAGUCAAAUAGAGAAGGAGCUGCCGGAUAGCUUUUUUGUAAUUUUGGUAAUUUUUAUGGGACUAGCUUUUGUUGCGAAAAUUUUUUCGACGUCGCAAGGAAAUACACCAACCUUCAUUUGGGAUAAUCGGAAACACUACGUUCAGUGUGAAGAAUACUUCUAAACAGACGUGGUGACGAUAAUGAUGUCACCGCCGCCGGUACUGGUUUCCUUGGUAACCAUUCUGGCCCUCGUCGCAACGGCGUCAGGAAAAUGCGAAUUUCCAGCCGAGUGGGUUGGCUCGUGGUUCCGCUCAGGGCAGGGCCAUCAGGAACCCAUCGUCAUCACCCGCACCAGCAUCUCGGAUACGGGCGACUGCAUAGAGAAAGGGUUCGCCGCCAGAUAUCUCGUCUAUGAGGAGAAGUUCAAAUGUAACAAGUGCAUGGUAAUCAACAUGAAGCAUGCGAAUGUCAUCCAGUAUAAAGAGUCUUUCUGCCACCAAGAAGGGCAAGAUUUGAAGACGCUUUGCUUGGGUAUCACAGGUGACGCCAUGCUCUAUUCAAUCUUCCGACUGAAUGCUGAGCCCAUCACUUGCCCAUUCCGUGGCACUUUCACCUUCAGCUACUCCAAAGGGUACGGGGAGUGUGCCCAGCCGCUGUCUCAGGUGGAUACUUGCGCUGAGGAAACCAGACUCAGAUUCAGACAUCAAGCUUGCGCCGAUGUUCCAGGAUCUGAAAGUUACGAGGAGGAACUUGAAUGCCUUGGAUCGUGGAAGGAGGGCUCCAACCACUACCUGGUUGGGAAAAUUGGCCACAAACACGCCAAUAACGACGAAGACCGGUACAGAUGCUUUAUAUACGAACGACCGCACCGAAAGGAAGACACCCAUACAUGGAACUUGGCUCAGUCUGCUGACGCCACUUGUCAGGGCCUCAUCUCGGCCCUGGAAGGAAGCAAGACCAUGAAGUUGUCUCGAGUGACACAUCCAAGGGGGUGCAAGUUUCCUUCCUGGCUGACGGCUCAUCAGCACUGGCACACUCUCGACUACACGCAGAGCUAUUACCUGUAUCAUAAAGACACCACUCUCCGGAUAAGCAAUGGUACACAGGCACCUGAGGAUUUGGAGACUCGUGGCCAAACUGAUCUCCGUCUGCUGUGCCAUCGAGACCUGAAACAUCAAAGGUCCCCCACCGAACACCACGAGACUCACGAACACCACCAUAACGAACACCACGGCGGGAACCAUCACGGCCACCACCGAGAUCACCGAGAGCACCGUAACAGCGACCACUCUGAGGAAGAUGUCGUCACCUUUGUGACACACGUCACUGUAGGAUGUAAAACCGGAUACCAAUGCAUGCGAAUAUACCGGCGAGAUGAACACGUUGUCCAAGUCCAGUUUGGAAUCCUGGCCAUUACGGCGGACGAAGCCUGCGACACGCACUUCUGGUCCGCGGAAAAGGCGAACAUAACCACCUUGGUAGCUGCAGGAGGUCCCCCAGGGCCGUGUGGCCCAUAUGGGAGGUACAGAGUUAGGGACCCUGAUCCGACCUGCAACGGAAAGAAGUCGCCCACCUUCACCCACGUCACCGUCGGGUGCGACAGCGGCAACACCCUGGAAUUGAGCUCGCGAUGCCCACAGGAAUCAGUCUUCUCCUAUCAUUGCCAUGGUCAGUGGGAGUCCGAAGGGGUGACAUACGUCGUGGCGUCUCCAAUGUCGAGAGCAUCGUAUUCUCCUCGGAGAGUUUGCUUUGCCUACAGUGUGACGGCUUCCCCCGGAAAUCCAUCCCAUACCCUCUCCCUCACGGCACGGCACGAUACUUGUAUCCAGCGGCAGCAGGACGCGCCCAUCGCUCUCAAUGCAACGCUUGCAGAGGAAUGCAUGCAAGCAGCAAUUGCCAGCAGCAGCGUGGGUGGCGGUGCGAUGGGCAUCCCCUCCAUCAUGCUGCUUCUAACCUCAUUCCUGGUCGUCCGACUUCUACCGCCCAGUGUACACCCCUUGUAGUUUUAAAUGGAUCGGGGAUAGUUUAGAAGUGUGCAUGUGAAUGUAUAUAUAUGUAUAGGUGUGUGCGGUUGUCAUGCUUGGGGGGUGGGGCGGAAAGCGUGUGAUAGUGUGUGCGUGAUUGUGCGUCAUUUGGAUUCCUAGUUAAAAAGUAAUCAUUUGGUUUAUGUACAAUUUGGACGUAGGGGAAAAUUUCAUCAGUCUGCGAGCACCGACCAUCCUUCCCUUCACUGGUCUUUCUCUCUUCAAUUCUCACUUUCUUGGCCCUCCCCCCUUCCUUUUAUUUCCCCCUCCUCCACCACAUCCUAACGGUAGGAAACGCUUUCUAUCUUCUCACCAUAUAUCCAUUCACACCUCUUGCGUUCCGUGAGUACAAGGCUGGUAGGAAGGUGCUUCAAUUUAGACGUUCUCUUUUACAAUAUUUGUAAAAGAAUUAAAAAACAAAGACUGCAUGGAAAGUAGGUUUCUUAUUUAUGAAAAUGACUAAAAAGACAAAUGCUGGCGGCACUCGUCAACUUUCCCAUGGAAGGUUCUAGUCUCGGUGUCAGUUUGUAUCAAAAGCCCCCCUCUCUUAUCUUCUCUCCCUCUCUUGUCCUUCUAUUCUUUGAUGUCAGUUUUAUUUUAUUUUAUACUUUUUUUCAUCUGAAGUUUGUCAGGUCUCCUUGUUGAGGUUUUUGUUUAUUGUAUCUUAUAAUAAUCACCCUCAGAGUCGAUGUAGUGGUUGUAUUUUAAAGUCUCUUUAUUAUUAUAUACAUACAUAUACAUAUAUAACAUAUAUUUUCUGAAAGCAAGUCUUUUGAAUAGGUAAAGGCAAAUUAUUAUUAAUAUACCAUGCACGUUAUAAAGUUUAUGUGUGUGUGUUCUACAUGUCAAGUGUUUUUAUCGCUCAAUCAUCGUUUUUUGAGGACAUCCAUCUUUUUCCGGCCAGAGAAUUACAUUAACCUCAGACACCUGUCAAACUUGACUCCCUCCCUUCCUGUUAUUCCCCCUCAGUCUCCCCAACCCUUCUUUUCUUGCAUCAUUCCCACUCUUUCACACACCUUCCAUACCUUUCCCCCUCCCCCCCUUCCUCCUCCUUAGACGCCCAUGGGAGGCUCUUGCAAGAUGAGUUGCCGAUUCCACUCUCUCUCUCUCUCCUCUCUCUCUCAUAGUUUUUAUGUAUAUUUUUGCAAUUAUUUGCUCCAAGAAAGCGUUUCACUGUUUUGGGUUUGCCAUGUGUCUCGCUUUUUCAUUUUUCACGCGUUCGUUUUGAUGUUUAUAUCAUAUCGGCUUGGUUUUGGUGAAAGCCUAUUUUGUAUUUUUCCUCCAAUCCUAUUAGCUGUUUUCCCACUUCACAAUAUUCGAACUGUUUCCACUCCUCACUGACGACAUACCUUCUGCAAGCCGUUUUUUCAGAAUUGUAAUACAUACUGGAGAAAGAGUAAAUAUUUCCUUAAUGCUUUAGCUUAUAGAAAUAUAUAAAUAUAGAUAUAUAUACUUUGAUAUUUGUAUCAAGGAGAAAAAUCCCACCCACAUUGUAGGUGGAUGACGUGUUGUGAUAUUUGUUUAAUGUAUUCACGCAAAGUGGAAACUGAUGGUUCUUUCGGCCAUCUGACGAGUAAACUCCCUUGGACAUAUGUGUGUAAGUGUGUGUCAUGAUCAGCUUUUGCUACAGAGAGUUUUGUUCUGUGAACCGUAUUCGAUGAAUCGUUUGAUAAUAAUCUUGCGUCACACCUUGGCAUUUGCUCAGGCAGUUGCCGUCUACUGUAAGAAAAUCCCAGCUAAAUGGAGAAUGAUUUUUUUUUCUUUGGCAAAGUUCGGGCUAGGUGAUAAGAAGAGACUCUUCUUGCACUUACCGGAAAAUAAUGUUUCCGGUACGUCUACAUUGAUUAUCAGAGUAGUUCAGUGGCAGUCUUGCGUCAUUUCCAUAUCUGUUUAUUUCGGUCCGAUGAAGGCUUGAGGGCUAGAUUAAACGAGGGCACAAUUAUCUGAGAUCCUCACGAUGAGCGCGUUUCAAGAGAUUCUUCCGAUCGCCGGUUUUGAGGAAAAAAUCACGAGAAAUCAUUGGAGGGUAAUGGUAAUAGUCUGAUGAUCCUCUCAAUUCCCGUCUAGAAUAAGUUUCGAUCAUGGCGCAGAUUGAGUCACAUUCGUGAGGUUUCUUUCUCAGAGUCGCUCAAAUGUUGUUCCUCAGUAGCGAACUAGCGAAGCAACGGCAAUGUGUGUUUCAGCGUUGUUCUAUAGGGCUCCAAGGCUCAAGUGUACAAGCCUUCGUCCAGAACCACAUCAUUGAUUUUGUGUUCUUUCGUCAGCGCUGCCACCCACAACUAAAGUUCAUAUCUUUCGCAGGUCACAAUGGUAACAUGGAUUGCUGCCGUCAAUGUUGAUGUGAUUAUCAUUUUCAAAUACUUUUAAACAAGUAUAUUCCUGCCACCCAUUCUGGAAGUCGGGGAAAAUAUCUUUUUGGUGAUCAAUCAUUUAGUAGAACUGAAAAAAAUUCAAGAGUAAAAUAUUUUUAAAGCAGUAAAUAUAAUGGUGUUAUAAUAGAUAUUGCGUAAAAUACCAAAUGCAACUGAAUUUGACAGAUCCAAUAAACUCCAACGUGGGUGACAGGUACUUCUACAUGAUUAUAGUCUCAGUCUUGACUGUGUUUACUUGAUUAAUAUGUGAUACGUGAAAAGGAAUGAAAAGUUUUUAUUUUCGCUUUGAUUUAUUAUGGGAUUUGGACUUCUGGAAAAGUGAGUAGUUUGACCGUCAAAGCAAAAUUGUCAGUUUUCAGUGACCAUGUUUCAUGUAGUUAUUAUCCACCAUAUUUUGAACUUCCUCAUUGAGCAGGUCAUAUCUUUUUAUUACUCCUUAUUCAUGUAAGCUUAUCUGAGAAAAAAAAAAUUCGUAUGAAUUUAUUUCAAAACAAAGCAAAAAAUAAAUAAAUGAAUAACGGUAAUGAUCAUGUUAAUAGCAUGCCAUAAGUAGACUAAUUAGCUUUAACAAAAAAUUACUCUCCGGUAUUUGGGAUCAUUGUAGCAUUAAGUAAUAGCUUUUAAUCGAUUCUAAUUAAGUUCUGUUACUUCAUUUGUUUGCUCUAUCAAAUGCAUACCACAAUCAAUGCUACAAUUGGGCUGUAUUUUACCCUGAGAGUAAGAAAUUGAUAACUUGAAUGAGAAAUUUAAUGUUUAAACGUUUUCCUUUGGUUUUAUGGAACUUACUCAGCUACAUUGUCUUUCUUUAUUAAAUCGCUGUGAACAAAUUUUACGACAUUGGAUAUCCUUGUCUACUUUAUUAUUAGCAGUCUUUGGGAAUUAGGAGACAUUAGAUCAGACUUAUCAGCUGCCUAUUGAAAGCUAACAAUCUCAAUUAGUGGAUGGUACGGUUAAGAACAAUAGAUAGGCGAGACAUUUUUUUGUGUUUCAAGCGUUUUCAUAUUCUUGGCAGGACACAAGAACUUUAUUCAUAACAAUUUUUUCACCAUUAAGUUCUUUAUUGCGCAAUCAUCGUCUACAUUGUCGUAUUUUGCGUUCAUUCUCAGUUAAAAUGCCUGAAUUACUUAGUCGGGGACUAAUAUUUCGUUUCAGUUGUACGGGAGCGGUCGUUAGCAAUGGAAUCUAACCCCAUGUUUCGUGCGUGAUAUGAUAUUAUGAGCUCAGUAAAAGAAAGUAUUAUUUUCAAGCACAAUUUCUCCCCACGCCGUUGGCAGAUGACGGAAGAGGCCAGUUUUUUAUUUAUUUAUUUAUUUUUAAUCUUAUUGCCUCUUUAAACUAGGAAAAGUCAAGUUGACUUGAAGGAAAAUAACUUUUAUUGUUAAUUGAUUGAAUACUGAAAAUUUAAUAAGUCAAGAUUACCUGCCUCUGUGGGAGGGGAAAAUGUGGUGGUUUCUAAUUUCAGGGUGCCUUACACUUAACCCUCUGCAGUUUAUAUUGGUCAUAUUUAUCCCCCUACAAAAAAAUAUCUUCCUAACUGGAAACCACGCUUAAGAAAUAAAAAUCCUUAAAAUAUGAAACAAAUGUACACUGGUCACUGGUUCAAUAAACCAUCCUAACAGUGAUGACGUUAGAGAUGUUUUUGUGGUGCAUUCUUUUUGUAUAUUCGCGGAUGGAUUUAUAGGAUUAGCGUGUAUAAUUUAUGCGAUAGUGGAGAUAUAUAUAUUAUGAAAUAUAUUUAAUAAGAAAAACAGGAAUGGAUGUAAGAAAGUGUUUGUGAAGCGCCGUUUGUGUAUAUCGUUCGUUCGUGGUCUUGGAAGGCAAAUUGUCAAUGAAUGUUUUCCUCUGCUCACUUCAAAAUAUGUUGUCCUGUGUUUCAAAAGAGACUAAGAAGCCUUAGCCUAGCUAGCAUUAAAUAAGAUUUUUGAGAUGUAUAAAUUUGGCUUGUAAAUAUUAUACAUAUAGGUACAAUAUACUUUCUAAUCUUAUUGCUUGCUGCACUGUGAGGCCCCAGGUGCCUAUUUCUCAUAAAUGAUUUUUGGUUUUUUCCUUUAUAUCUCUGCCCUUAACCGAAAUUCCCCCCUCUCAUUAUUUCAGGUCCUUUUUUUUCUCUUUUCCUAAGUAUUUUUUUUUUCUGGUGAAGAUGUUAUAUACUUUUUGUUCGUGAAGUAUCGCAAGCCCUUGUUGUGGUUCCGGUUCAAAUCCUGUGGUAGCCAUUCCCAACAAGGUUUUUUUGGGGGUUAUAGAUUGCCAUAUAUAUAAAUAUAUCUAUAUAUUUUGCCAAUUGGUUGUCCUUUAUAUACUUGAACAUGGAAUUGUUUAUACACAGUAUAUAUAUUAUGUUUUGGGAACUUUGUACCUAUUUUGAAAAUAUUUUUAGAGGAACUUUUGUGUGUGGUACUGAAGGAGUUAUAUUGUCUAUUUUUGGCACAUACUUAAUGAACACAAAAAUCAAAAUCAAACUGUUUAGGAGUAAAUAAAGAAAGGGAAUUUGUAUUCUUACAUAAUGGUGAGAUUAUAAUAGAGUUCAAUUACCCUGACCAUGUAUAAUGUAUUAUGUAUGAUUUAUUAUGUAUGAUUGUAGCCAGACAACCACGGUUGUGAGUGCGGCUCCCUGUUAGACAUCGAAGUCAUAAUGUUAGCAUGUAGUAAAAGUACUAUAGAUUGAAUACGUUAGGGUUGUACAGUAUCUAAGGGAGUUUUCUCUCAUUCGUGGUGACUAGGCCUACUCCUACCACUAAACAUAGCGAGCACUGAAGCACCUAUAAAUACAUUUGCCCAUCCCGACAGUCUCUUCAGAGAAAAGAAAAUGCAUCCUUUUGUGUGUUCUCAUUUCAUCAUGCUAGAGUGAAAAGCACUUGGAAGUCAUUCAUUCCCCUCAUGUUAAACGUUGUUGAAAGUAGUCUGUUGUUUCAGUGCUGUUACAAAGUAGGCCGUGACGUCAUGAAUUUAACCAAUCAUUCCACGCUGCCAGACUCCCAAUCGUGGUUGCCAGAUGUACAGGGAUGAUCUGUUUGAUCCCGUUUACAAAACCUUGGAUCAGCAGUCCAGGGUCAAUGUCCCAAAUGUGCCCUGCCCUCAGUGGCUCCCAUCCUAAGUCCCUUUUAACUUGACUAUUCCAUUCCCCGAUGUAAGUGAGAAUUAUGGUUAUUAUUUAUGUCAUUGUCGUCUUUAACUUUGUUUUCGAAACAUAUUCCGUCAUAACUAUGUGAAGUAAUAUUAGCAUUUUUAUACAGGACUGUGUGAAACUCAUAGAUUUAAUUUCGCUAUAUAAGCUCAAACAUAAAAAAUGGUCCUACCACAGAGCUGGAUUGUUUUUGUUAUGUUCUCUACUGUGAUGCUGUAGUAUAAAUAAUGGAAGAUGUUAGUGUAGACAGUGAAUUGUUAUGGUUUUGAAUGAAUGUUCCUUAUAUUGGUUACGAUAUCCUCCUCUUUGUUAGUCUACCGUUCGAUCUACAUUAUUAGGGCAAUUGAGGACGGGGCCUCUUCAUUGUAAUCCCAAAACAAACUCUAUUGAUUUUAAAGAAUUGGUAAAUACACAGAGUUACAGCUUU